AUGGCCUCUUCUCGUUAUGACGCCAAGUCCAACGACCCUCCUCUCAUCGAGCGGAGCUCCAGCAUAAAGUCUUACACGACGUCUCGGGCCGCGUACCCGAGGCUCCGUGUCUUUUACAGGAAGCAUCAGCACGCCGACAAGCUGCCUACUUCGCCCGCUCCUGUACCGCUGCUGGUUUUUGUCCACGGCCUUGGUGGUUCGGUCGCGCAGUUCAAUGCUUUGCUCACCAGCCUCACUCCCAUCGCAUCAUGCCUGGCGGUUGACCUCCCCGGAUGCGGCCUCUCCGGGUUUGCCCCCCAACACUGGGAUGCUUACUCGGCAGAUGCCCUCGUUGAGCUGCUUGAGACGGUCAUCGAGGACCACCGUGAUGCGUCGGCCGGCCAAGGAGUGGUUCUGAUUGGCCAUAGUAUGGGUUCCUCCCUCGCCGCCCUGCUCGCCAACCCACGGAAACCGAAGACCGGACUUCACGAGCACGUUCUCGGCUUAGUGGCUAUAUGCCCCACUGCAGGGCACUUCACUCCGGACCGGGUUCGAAUGAUGCGAGCGGCUCUGUAUAUCCCCAACUUUCUCUUUAACCUCUGGAGAGCCUGGGACAGGCGAGGAGGUCUUGAAAGCCCCAGCAUCCACCGUUUUGUUGGGCCUGGUGCGGAUACGGAGACGAAGCGGCUUCAAUACAUGUACAACUUCCAGAGCCGGACGCCUGUCUGGCGGCGAAUGGCUUGGGGCGCGCUACCGACAUACUCCAACGGCGUGCCUUCGAACGGGAUAGCAUCACUUGACGUUUGGGCAGGGCUGGACAUCCCGGUAUUCCUGGUCGGGGGGACGGACGACCAAGUCGUUCCCCCGGGAGAGGUCGACAUGAUCGUUUCGGUACUAGCAGACAAGAAAACUGACUCUGGCUUGGAGCCCGACGGAGCCACUAGUAGCACCGAAGAGAUACCGGUUGCGAACGGAACAGCAGACAUCCCACAUCUGCCUCAACGCCCGAAGAAAGUGGUGGUGAGCAUCAAGCUUCCCAGCCCAGCUGGACACGGGUUGCUGUACGCCCCACCAACUGUGCCCAUCCUCGCCGGUCUCAUCUCCGAUUUCCUCUCGACCCACGUCACCGGUCGUCUCUCACUAGGCUGGCAGCUGCAGUACCUCUGUAGGGACGGGAAAUGGGACGUCAAGAACCUCGAGAAGUGGCGAAAGGUCGCGCCAGUGUCGGAGCCGAUAGGCAGAGUGUUUCGCGCUAUCAAGACCCUCCGGGAAGUGGACGAGGAGCACUGUCCGCGGGUAUUCGUUGAAAAAUGGGGAGACAUCAUCAAGGACGUCAUUGACAUAUCCCACGACAACCCAGUCUACGACCCGCGAGGCCUCGAACAGGGCGGCAUCCGCUACCACAAAUUUGCAACCCUGUCCAAGGUGCCGCCCAAUGACGCCGAGAUCAGAGGGUUUAUCGAUUUGGUGGACAAGAUCCGGGCCGAUCAGGAAGAGCGGGCCGAAGGCAAUGGGUGGAAGGACGGCUACGCUGUUGGCGUUCACUGCCAUUAUGGGUUCAACCGGACUGGGUUCCUGAUCGCGUGUUAUCUCGUUGAGCGGUGCGGGUUCACCGCCAAGGAAGCCAUCGAAGCCUUUGCCAAGGCCAGGCCGAACGGGAUCAGACACGAGCAUUUCAAGGAUCGGCUAUAUGUGCGAUAUUCGGGGUCCCCGAGGUCGGAGCGGACACCGCUCCUCGCGGACCGCCCGCGCAAUUCCGAAGACUCAACUCUCCGCGCCGAAGAAGAAGAUGCCGCCCUUCACAGCACCGCCAUUCCACCAAUUACUCGCCGCACCAGCAUGCGUGAGGUGGUCCUCUUUGUAUGGGCGCUUCUCGCAACUGCCGGCGUCAUCGUCCUAGCCGUAAUCCUCCAGCACCACAACUCAACCCACCCCUCGCCCUCAACCCCUCCUCCACCGCCCAUCGCCCCAGGCGACCCCUCCGCCGGCGGACCCUACCACAUUCCCACAAACCCCUCCAAGAAGCCGAAACGCAACCUCAUCUUCAUGGUCUCGGACGGCAUGGGCCCGGCCUCGCUCUCCCUGACCCGCUCCUUCCGCCAAUUCACGUCCUCCCUCCCGAUCAACGACGUCCUGACGCUCGACCGCCACUUCUGGGGCACGUCGCGAACGCGCUCGACAAACUCACUCGUGACCGACUCGGCCGCCGGCGCCACGGCCUUCUCGUGCGGCCGCAAGAGCUACAACGGCGCCAUCGGCAUGCUGCCGGGCCACCGGCCCUGCGGCACCAUGGAUGAGAUUGCGCUGCAGGAGGUUGGCGAGGGGCCGCUGGGGCGGAGCGUCGAUUUGAUUUUGGGUGGUGGGCGGUGUCAUUUCUUGGGGAACGGCACGCAGGGGAGUUGUAGGGCGGAUAAUGUGGAUGUUGUGCGGAUUGCGCAGGAGAAGCACGGCUGGAGUUAUAAGAGCGAUCGGAAGGGGUUUGAUGAGUUGAAGUUGGGGCGGAAUGUGACGCUGCCCAUGCUGGGUCUAUUCGCAGCGACGGAUGUGCCGUUCGAGAUUGACCGGCGGCACAUGGCGGAUGUGUAUCCGAGUCUGAGCGAAAUGGCUACCACGGCGUUGACGGCGCUGGAAGAGGCGACCAAGGAUAGCGACAAGGGCUUCUUUCUGAUGAUCGAGGGCAGCAGGAUCGACCAUGCCGGACAUUUCAACGACCCUGCUGCCCAGGUGCGGGAGGUGCUGGAGUACGACAAGACGUUCAAGAUGGUGGUGGACUUUUUAGAACAGUCCGACACGGAGGGCAUUUUGGUGGCCACGAGCGACCAUGAGACCGGCGGCUUGGCCACUGCUUGGCAAACACCCGGCGAGCUUCCCGUCUACAACUGGUACCCUACCGUCCUCGCCAAAGCCAACGCGUCGGCCGAGUACUGCACCUUCCUCCUCCGGCAGCACAUCGCAACUUCGCCUUCGGAAUCCAAGCAAUCCCUUGUCGACUGGAUCAAUCAAGAACUCGUCAUCCGCCGCCUCGGCAUCACCGACGCCCGCGAGGUCGAACUGAGCGCCCUCGCCACAAACCCCGAGGCCGCUAACCCCAUCUUCUGCCGCAUGGUCAGCGAGCGCGCUCACAUUGGCUGGAGCACCCACGGCCACAGUGCUGUGGAUGUGAACAUCUACAGCUCUGGGGGUGCGGCGGCCGAGAAGAUCAGGGGCAAUGUGGAAAAUACGGAUAUUGGGCGGUUUCUGAGCGGUUAUUUGGACGUGGAUGUUGAGGAGAUUACGAAGGAGCUGGACGAUAAGCUGAAGGGAAACUUACCGGUUGAGGCUUUGGAGAGUAAUGUGCUUGAGACGGGCGGGCAUCCGGCAGAGCGGCUGAGGGACGUUAGAUUCUAG